UGUGGAAGGUGCGCGGCCGGCGGGCUGCUCCUUCCUUCACAACCUCGGGUCGCCAUGGGUAAGGAUAUCUCCCACAAACACGACCGAAAAGUCAUCAGGCGGGAGCCCAAGUCUCAGGAUGUUUACCUGAGGCUUUUGGUGAAGCUCUACCGCUUUUUGGCACGCCGCACCAACUCCAAGUUUAACAAGGUCAUCCUGAAGAGAUUGUUCAUGUCACGCAUUCAUCACCCCCCUCUCUCUCUAUCUCGCCUCGUGCAACUUGCAAGAAAGCCUGGCCGCCAGGGGAGGAUUGUGUGUGUUGUUGGCACCGUCACUGAUGACCUGCGCCUCUUCAACGUCCCCAAACUUACAGUAUGUGCACUACGAGUAACAGCUCGUGCCCGUGCUCGCAUCGAGAAGGCUGGAGGAGAAAUUAUUACUUUUGAUAUCCUCGCUCGUCGUUCUCCCUUGGGCAAAAACACACUGCUAAUUCAGGGUAAACGCAAUGCUCGUGAAGCAUGCAAGAGAUUUGGACCUGCUCCAGGUCUUCCUCACAGUCAUACCAAACCUCUGGUACGCAGCAAGGGACGCAAGUUUGAAAGGGCUCGUGGCAGGAGGUCUAGCUGUGGUUACAAGAAAUAAAGCACUGAUAUGAAUAAUAAACAAGCUAAGAA